AUGAUCAGUGUUGGGAAGACGAAGCAGUAUGCAAACGUUCUUGACAAGCCCCUCAGCCGAGGCAGACAGGAGGUCAGUUUGAGUGCAUUCGCAUUCUUGUUCUCGGAGGUGGUUCAAUACAACCAGACACAAGUUGACAACAUUGCUGACCUGGAACGAAGGCUGGAGGACGCUGGUUAUGCUGUUGGUGCUAGAGUUCUUGAACUGCUGUGUCACAGGGAGAAGGGGAAUAGACGAGAGACUCGACUGCUGGGGAUUUUAUCAUUCAUUCACAGCACUGUAUGGAAAGUACUGUUCGGAAAGGUGGCUGACUCGCUUGAGAAAGGAACAGAACAUGAGGAUGAAUACAUGAUUAGUGAAAAGGAGCUUCUUGUUAACCGGUUCAUUUCCGUGCCGAAAGACAUGGGGGCAUUCAACUGUGGAGCUUUUGUUGCAGGGAUUGUAAGGGGCGUAUUGGACAAUGCUGGUUUUCCAGCGGUAGUUACGGCACAUUUUGUGCCAAUUGAAGGCCAGCAGAGGCCCAGGACAACAAUCUUGAUUAAAUUUGCUGAAGAGGUUUUACGUCGGGAAUCAAGACUUGGCUGA